CUAUUCUUAGCCAACGUUCCAAAGAGUGUAAAUCUUGGACUCUAGCAGUACCUAGUCUGCAUGUGUCUGGUGUCAACGAAGACGUGUCAGGCUCAGGUUUCAACGCUCUAUAAUCUGAUCAGUAAGAUCAAAACCAUCUCCUCCACCAACUUUUCAUCUCCUUCACUGCUCACUGUAAAUCCAAGAAAUCAUGAAAAACCAAGAAAAUGACCAGCAACACCACCACCAACUCGAAGAAAAUGACCAUAACCAACGACUACCAGAAGAAGAAGAAGAAGAAGAACAAAAUCAAUCCAUCUUGAUUCCAACACCAAUCAACAUGCACUACUCUUCAUCUUCACCACCUCCAAAGCCCGCUCCUAAACCCCCUUCAUCACGCUUGGAUUCUCCUUCAGAUUCCAGGAGAUCCUUAGAUCAUUCCUCUCAAUCUCAUGGCUAUGUAUUCUCUCUUCCACAGCUCAAGCAGUCCAAGUACCAAUAUCCGCCAGCAGAUCAAAUCUCUCACAGUUAUGUAUUCUCAUCAUCGCCAGAUGUCAAACUAGCAAGGUCUCUGUCUCCUCCAACCCCGGCGGCCGCGGCGGCAGCAGCUGCAGUACCGGUUUCCAAAGUUGUGUCUGAAACCCAAGAAGAUGAGGUUGUUAAAUCAGUUGAAGAUGGUAUUGCCAGAGGCGGUGGCAAGAGAGGGGCAAAUUUUUCAACAAAGGAGAAGAUUAUGAAGGGAAGGGCUUUGCUGGGUUUUAGGCUUCUUGGGUUGGUGUUUUGUUUGACUUCGUUCUCGAUUAUGGCUGCUGAUACGAAUCAAGGUUGGGCUCUUGAUUCUUUCCAUCGCUACAAGGAGUUCAGGUACUGUAUGUCAGUGAAUGUGAUGGGUUUUGUGUAUUUAGGGCUGCAAGCAUGUGAUCUUGCCUACUCUUUGGCCACCGGGAAACUUGUUGCCCAUAAUCAGCUCCGGUACUACCUGGAUUUCUCUCUUGAUCAGUGGCUUCAAGUGCAGUAAUUAUAGAGUUUAGGGACCCACUAGAAUCCUAUAAAGGUAAGUGCUCGAGGGAUCGUGGACGGUGGAUCAAUCUCUAGUUGCUCAUGUCAUGUUUGCUAAAAACUGACCACUAGCUAAUAGAUAUGGGUCUUUGUAGGGCGUUGUCCCACAGUGAGUUUCAUAGGAUAGAUUGUAGGGACCAUGUAUUAUAUUGCAAUUGGUGAUUCUUGGACUACUCUUUUGGCAACUCUUUAUUUACUUUUUUCCAGUAUGAUGCUGCCUUUUACUCUCAGAUUCUAUAAUGUGGCUUGUUUUGAUGUUGGAGAGCAGUCAUUUUGCGAGUGAAAAGGAUCACAGUCACUGGUUUGUGGGUAAAAAUGCCCAAUGUGCUAGCAAUAUUUUGCUGCAACUAAAGUGAGGAAUAAUGUCACUUUCCACUGAUUCACUACAAAACCAGGAGUAUGAAAGGUGUAUUUAAAGUGGCUUAAGACGCAACUUUUGGCUCUUCAACUUUAUGUAGUCAAGGUUUAGCAACAUGGCAAUUUUUUAUGCUUCAAGAUUCAAAGCAAGAGCUACACAAAGGGACAUACUUUUAAUGGAACAUUUAAAGUGUGUUCUUUAUUGUAGAGAUUGGGCCAUAUCCUUAAAUGGGGCAAAGUUGUUCUAUCCUAGACAAUAUAAUUCUGGGACCCCUGGCCCUGAUACAACAUGGUUUCCAACAGAAAUGGAAUACAGGUUCUGAAAGUAAUUAAAAUGUGGUAUCAAACAAGCAAACAGAGAAUCUGGCAACUUGUGGCAUAUAGGAGAAUAAUUGUUGUGGGUAUAGGGCGAAGGGUCUGCAAUUCUUUUGUCUCUUUUGAAGCAUAUAUGCAGAAUCCUGUGACUUUGAUUGUCAACUAAAAGAGUGCAAGGAGAGUUUGAUCCAGAGAUGAGUAGGGCAAUUAGCCUGAUGAUAGUAUACAUGUUCAUGGCAAUCCAAGGCUGGCUUACAGGAAGGGCAACCCUACUUUAGCUCUCCUCUGAAGCCCAUCAAUAAUAUUAGCAGUAAUGCUGAAACCAUUCCUAUCCCAGAUUUAUUAAAUAAAUUAAAAUGCCUUGCUGCAACAGGUGAGUUUGAUUUCUUAUCAAGGCAUGAUACGCAGAAGAUCAGG